AUGUGGACAAGUCUAAUUCUUACAAGCUUAAUGAUUCCCAGUAUAAUUGCAAAUUUGAAAGUUUUCCCAAAACAACAAGAUUUACAUCCAAACAAAUUGCAACAGAUAUAUCAUGAUAUUAGAAAAGAUAUAUAUACAGUUGACACUAUCGACCAACUUAAGCCGAAAGAAUUGAGGACUUUUGGCAUUGUUAGGGUAAAUGCUACUAAUUCUAUUAUUGUUAGUAGUAAAUUAGCAGAUGAUGCAAUGAACCCAUAUUAUGCACCAAGCCUUGAUAAUAUGAAUUUAAAAUUACAACAAUUGAAUGAUUUUACUGAGAUUAGUUUCCAAGAUUUGGAAACGUCAGUAAUUGAAACUGAUUGGGAACCAAUUGGUGGAUGUCAUUCUAAUUUACGUUCCGAUACUCCUUCAACUUAUUCUCAAGGUUGGUUAUUGAGCGUGGGGUCGGGAGUUACAAAUACAAUUUCUUUUACCGUAAAUUCUGUCCUGGUGGAUGGAUAUAUAGAUCUCACUUAUUCAGCGGCGAUUUCAGGUUCAAUUACAUGUACUGUAAAUCCGGGGAAAACCCUUCAAUUUCAAAUUAAGUCUGAAUUAGUGUCUUUACAAAAUGUUAAAACUAGGUCUGUCUAUAUUAAGGAUUCUACAAGUAUUUGGGGCGUUAUAACAUCAAAUUUCGAGAUGGGAGAAUGGGAUAAAUUGGAUGAUUAUACUCAAGUCAACCAAAGAAAUUUCCAAACUGCUUGUGUAACUGAUAGUACUUUACUACAAUGUGAUUAUAAUUCUGAUCAAUAA